UCCCCAGUCAUGGCUCCCCGGCGCAAGGCCUCAUCUGUCCCUGAGGGCUACACAGAGGAUCUCUCGAAAGGGAAGAUGCUCCGCUUCGAAGACUCACUCCCCCGAUUGCCCGUCCCUUCGCUAGAGGAAACCGGCCGGCGGUACUUGAAGUCCGUCCACCCCCUGGUGUCCGAGGCGGAGUACGAGCGCACCAAGAAGGCGGUGGAGGCGUUCGUGCGUCCCGGUGGUGAGGGCGAGCCCCUGCAGGAAAGGCUGCUCGCCCGCGCCGCUGACCCCAAGACCAAGAACUGGCUUCUCGAAUGGUGGAACCACGCGGCGUACCUCGCCUACCGCGACCCGGUCAUCCCCUACGUCUCCUACUUCUACUCGUACCGUGACGAUCGCGCCCGGCGGGACCCCGCUAAGCGGGCCGCCUCGGUCACCACCGCCGCGCUCGAGUUCAAGCGCCAGGUGGACUCGGGCGAGCUGGAGCCGGAGUACAUGCGCGGCCAGCCCAUGGCGAUGAGCUCGUACGAGUACAUGUUCAACUGCUGCCGGAUUCCGGGCGAUGGGGUGGACUACCCCCAGAAGUUCCCCGCCCAGGACCACGAGCACAUCGUGGUGGUGCGCAAGAACCAGUUCUUCAAGGUCCCCUUGGCCGUCAACGGCCGGCCGCUGAACAACUCCGAGUUCCAGCGCCAGUUCGAGCGGAUCUACCAGAUCGCCCAGCGGUCGCCCCCGGUUGGUGUGCUGACGGUCGCCAACCGAGACUCGUGGGCUGACGCCCGGAAGAAGCUGCUGGCAGCGCAUCCGGCGAACGAGCAGGCGCUGCGGGACAUCGAGUCGGCCGGGUUCGUGGUGUGCUUGGACGAUGCGUCGCCCGUGACUCUGGAGGAGCGCGCUCACCAAUACUGGCACGGCGACGGCGCCAACCGCUGGUUCGACAAGCCGCUGCAAUUCAUCGUCAACGACAACGGCACGGCUGGGUUCAUGGGUGAGCACAGUAUGAUGGACGGCAGUCCCACCCAUCGUCUCAACGACCACCUCAACGGCCUGAUCUUCGGCAACAAGAUCGACCUCUCGGAGCAGGCGGUGCGGUCGGACCUGCCCGACCCGCGGCCGAUCAACUUCCACCUCAACGGCGAGGUGGAGGAGGCGAUCGAGGCGGCCACCAAAGAGCACCGGCAGCAGAUCUCGAACCACGAGCUGAAGGUGCAAGCGUACCAGGGCUACGGCAAGGGCCUGAUCAAGAAGUUCAAGUGCAGUCCGGAUGCGUACGUGCAGAUGAUCAUCCAGCUGGCCUACUACAAGAUGUACGGCAAGAACCGCCCGACCUACGAGUCGGCGUCGACCCGCAAGUUCCAGGAGGGCCGCACGGAGACGAUCCGCACGGUCUCGGACGAGAGCGUGGCCUUCUGCAAGGCCAUCAGCGACCCGGCCGUUGCCCGGGAGGAGGUGGUGCGGUUGUUCCGCGCGGCGCUGGCCGCCCACUCCAAGUACACGGCCGAGGCCAGCGACGGCCACGGCGUGGACCGUCAUCUGUUUGGACUGAAGAAGCUGGUGCGCGAGGGGGAGAAGUUGCCCGCCCUGUACGAGGACCCGGCCUAUGCAUACAGCGGCUCGUGGUACUUGUCCACCAGCCAGCUGAGCUCGGAGUUCUUCAACGGCUACGGAUGGAGUCAGGUGAUUGAUGAUGGGUUUGGCAUUGCCUACAUGAUCAACGAGAACAGUCUGAACUUCAACAUCGUGUGCAAGCGCCUGGGGGCGGAGCGGAUGAGCUACUACCUGAACGAGGCGGCUUCCGACUUGAGGGACGUGUUGAUGCCUGAUCUGGCUGCUCAGAGCGAGAAGGCGAAGUUGUAGUAUACCAUAUAUAGAGUGGGAUGGGAUUUGGAGAUAUACCUUGUAGAUCAGAAGAUCGUACUGAAUUGAGUUGUUUACCU